AUGGCGGAGACAAUCAUGGACCAGAAUCCUCCUGUCCUUCAAGGCCCUUCCGACAAGGAGAAGAAAUAUGAUCGACAACUACGAUUAUGGGCAGCUUCUGGACAGGCAGCCCUUGAGAAUGCCAACUUACUAUUAUUGAACUCUGGUUCUGGCACAGUUGGUGUUGAGACUUUGAAAAAUUUAGUGCUUCCAGGCAUUGGAAAAUUUACAAUUGCGGACGAAGAACUCGUAAAUGAGGCUGAUUUGGGUGUCAAUUUCUUUCUUGAUGAAGAGAGUUUGGGGAAAUCAAGGGCGGAACAAUGUGUGAAACUUUUACAAGAGCUCAAUCCAGAUGUGAGGGGGGACUGGUUUCCAAAACUCAAGGACGAUAAAGUAGACCAACUGUUUGCGGAAGAUCAUGAAGAAAAAUAUACAUUAAUUAUAUACUCAUUCCCAAUCGAUCCCAGAAUCCUCGCUCUUGCAGAGAAAUACAGCGCAUCCCACAAAGUGCCUCUCGUCGGCAUACACUCCGCAGGCUUUUACUCAUAUUUCAAAACGCAUCUACCAGGAAACUUUCCUAUAGUUGAUACUCACCCAGAUUCAACCGCAACAACAGAUCUACGACUUUUAAAGCCAUGGCCAGAACUUUCGAAUUUCGCAUCAGAUCUGACUGAAGACAUCGACACUCUUAGUGACCAUGAGCAUGGCCAUAUACCUUACUUAGUCCUGCUCUUGCAUUUCUUGGCAAAAUGGAAAGAAGAACAUGGCUCAUAUCCGACCUCCUACAAAGACAAAUCAGCGUUCAGGACGACUGUUACGAAUGGCACAAGGAGAAAUAAUGCCGAGGGUGGAGAGGAGAACCUCGAUGAAGCUGUUGCGGCUGUGAUGAAGAACAUAUCCGUACAAGAUCUGAAAAGUUCCGUGAAGGAAGUCUUCGAAUACUCACCAACCGAGGCAGAAUCUAACUCGGAUUUUUGGAUUAUUGCUGAUGCCGUGAAGAAGUUUUAUGAGAAGCAUAAUGAGCUCCCGCUUCCGGGAUCAGUCCCAGACAUGAAGGCUCAAUCUAGUACAUACGUACAACUUCAAAACAUUUAUAAAGCAAAAGCUCGACAAGACGUCCAAGAAAUACUAGAGACUGUGCGGGCACAUGCACGUGGUAAUGAGAUUAAGACAGAAGAAGUAGAGGUGUUCUGCAAGAAUGCCGCUUUCAUCAAGCUUAUCCGAGGCUCGGAUCCGACAAUAGAUUUACAGAAGAUAGCAAAUUUGGAAUCUGAAAAUGAUGCAAACGCUUCCUUCACGAUGGCGCCAUUAUCGAACUUCCCCAUUUACUUAGCUCUUCACGCAACUGCUCAUGUAGCAGCAGCUACUUCAUCUGAGAUAUUAGCCCAGAUCGACAAAGAAGUACCGAAUGUGUCCUCUAAUCCACGUGUCCAGAAAGUUGCAGAAGAAGUAUCACGAGCCAAAGGAGGUGAAUUACACAACAUUUCUUCGUUAACUGGGGGUAUGGUUGCACAAGAAAUCAUCAAAAUUAUCACGAAACAAUAUGUACCGAUCGACAACACAUGCAUAUUUGAUGGUAUCACGAGUAGGGCGCAAGUUUUGAGGAUCUAA